AUGGAGAAUGUGGUGGCAGAUCACUUGUCUAGAUUAGAAGGGCAGUCAAGAGCAGAUGAGGUGCCUAUUAAUGAAAGCUUUCCAGAUGAGCAGUUGUUGGCAAUUUCAGUCAUCCCCUGGUAUGCUGAUUUGGUGAACUAUUUGGUGAGUGACAUUGUUCCUCCUGAUUUGAGCUAUCAUCAGAAGAAAAAGUUUUUGUGGGAUGUGAAGCAUUAUUUUUGGGAAGAACCGCUACUCUAUAAACACUAUGCAGAUGGGAUGAUUAGAAGAUGUGUGCCCCAAGAUGAGAUGCAGGAUAUACUUGACCAUUGCCAUUCCUUGGAGUGUAGUAGACAUUUCAGUACCUCCAAAACAGUUGCAAAGUACAUUCUGGUAGCAGUGGAUUAUGUGUCUAAAUGGGUUGAAGCUACUGUAACUCAGACUAAUGAUUCUCGGGUGGUGAUGAGAUUUGUGAAGAAAAAUAUUUUUUCCAGAUUUGGUGUGCCGAGAGCUAUUAUUAGUGAUGAAGGCUCCCAUUUUUGUAAUCGGUCAUUUAAGGCUUUGUUGAAGAAAUAUGGGGUUACUCAUAAGGUGGCACUUGCCUAUCAUCCCCAAACAAAUGGGACAGCUUUCAAGACACCUUUGGGUAUGUCUCCUUACAGACUUGUCCUUGGAAAGUCUUGUCCCUUACCAGUGAAAUUGGAACACAGGGCCUAUUGGGCAAUCAAGGAGUUGAACAUGGAUUUGAAAGCUGCGAGAGAAAAUAGAUUGUUACAGUUGAGUGAGUUGGAGGAGUUUAGGUUGGAUGCUUAUGAAAAUACUCGGAUUUACAAGGAAAAGACAAAGCAUUGGCAUGACAAACAUCUUCAUUUUAGAAACUUUGAAAUUGAGCAGCAAGUAUUACUCUUCAACUCAAGACUUAAGUUAUUUCCAGGCAAGCUUAGUUCUAGAUGGUCUGGCCCAUUCACGGUAACGAAAAUGUAUCCAUAUGGUGCUGUUGAGGUGCGUAGUGAGGUCACUGGUGCAUUCAAGGUUAAUGGGCAGCGUUUGAAGCCUUAUCUUGCUAGUAAUGCGGUUCCUAAAGGAGUGAUUUACUCUUUGAAGAAUCCUACCUAUAGUUGA